CACAUGCCUCUAAUCUCUCUUUAGAUCACAAACAUAACAGUCCAGACUCUCAACAAUUUCACAUCAAUUGAUCUUCCAUUACGUUCGUAAAGUCGAUCCCUCAAAAGACGGCGGGUAGGAUCUAGUGAGAGAAAAGCACAGCCGAGUAACAGCCGUCCUGUCCACAUCUGCGGCGUCCUCUUGGCUGAAUCAGAGAGGCGAUGGCGUUGUCAGGCAUGAGAGGUCUCGCUGUUUUCAUCAGCGACGUUCGGAAUUGUCAGAACAAAGAGCAUGAACGUCUGCGCGUCGAUAAAGAGCUUGGCAACAUUCGCACCCGUUUCAAAAAUGAGAAGGGCAUGACACCAUAUGAGAAGAAGAAAUAUGUCUGGAAAAUGCUUUACAUCUAUAUGCUUGGUUAUGAUGUAGAUUUUGGUCAUAUGGAAGCUGUUUCUUUAAUAUCUGCCCCAAAGUAUCCAGAAAAACAGGUUGGUUAUAUUGUAACGUCAUGUCUACUCAAUGAGAAUCAUGAUUUUUUGAGAUUGGCAAUUAAUACUGUCCGCAACGACAUUAUUGGCCGCAACGAAACUUUCCAAUGCCUAGCACUUACACUGGUUGGUAAUAUUGGUGGUAGAGAAUUUGCUGAAUCAUUAGCACCAGAUGUUCAGAAAAUUAUUAUAUCUAGUAGUUGCCGACCACUUGUGAGGAAAAAGGCAGCACUAUGUCUUCUUCGUCUCUUUAGAAAAAACCCCGAUGUUGUCAAUGUAGAUGGCUGGUCAGAUCGGAUGGCACAACUAUUAGAUGAACGUGAUCUGGGUGUUUUGACAUCUUCAAUGAGCCUUCUUGUUGCAUUAGUGUCAAAUAAUUAUGAUGCCUAUUGGAGUUGUUUACCCAAAUGUGUGAAGGUAUUGGAAAGACUUGCUAGGAACCAGGAUAUUCCACAAGAAUACACGUAUUAUGGGAUACCAUCACCUUGGCUUCAGGUUAAGACGAUGAGAGCUCUUCAGUAUUUCCCAGUCGUUGAGGAUCCUAGCAGCAGAAAAUCAUUGUUUGAGGUUCUGCAAAGGAUUCUCAUGGGAACUGAUGUUGUGAAAAAUGUCAACAAAAACAAUGCAUCCCAUGCAGUUCUCUUUGAAGCUCUUUCUCUUGUCAUGCAUCUGGAUGCUGAAAAGGAAAUGAUGUCUCAAUGUGUUGCAUUGCUUGGGAAAUUUAUAGCUGUUCGUGAGCCUAAUAUUCGAUACCUUGGUCUGGAGAAUAUGACCAGGAUGUUGAUGGUUACAGAUCUGCAAGAGAUUAUCAAAAGACAUCAAGCACAGAUCAUCACCUCAUUAAAGGAUCCAGACAUCAGCAUAAGAAGACGAGCUCUAGAUCUGCUAUAUGGCAUGUGCGACGUUUCAAAUGCGAAGGACAUAGUUGAAGAAUUAUUGCAGUACCUCGGCACUGCAGAAUUUGCAAUUCGUGAAGAGUUAUCACUAAAAGCUGCUAUUCUUGCUGAGAAAUUUGCCCCCAACUUAUCAUGGUAUGUGGAUGUGAUCCUUCAGCUGAUUGAUAAAGCAGGCGAUUUUGUUAGUGAUGAUAUAUGGUUUCGGGUAGUGCAAUUUGUUACAAACAAUGAGGACCUGCAGGUAGGUAAUAAUCUGGUUGAAAUGAAUAUGACGUGUCUGUCCUUUACAAUGACAAUUGAAUUACAAUGCUUCAUUUUCUUGUCUUGUCAGCCUUAUGCGGCAAUCAAAGUUAAAGAGUAUCUUGAUAAGCCAUCUAUACAUGAGACAUUGAUCAAGGUUGGUGCUUAUCUCCUUGGAGAAUAUAGCCACCUCCUGGUUAGACGUCCUGGUUGCAGUCCAAGGGAGAUUUUUAAUCUUAUUCAUGAAAAACUUCCAACUGUUUCGACUUCAGCAAUUCCCAUCCUGCUUUCAACCUAUGCCAAAAUUUUGAUGCACACUCAACCUCCAGAUCCAGAAUUACAGAAGCAAGUUUGGACAAUCUUCCGCAAAUAUGAAAGUUGUAUUGAUGUCGAGAUUCAACAAAGAGCUGUCGAAUAUUUCGAGAUGAGUAAGAAAGGUGCAGCUUUAAUGGAUAUAUUGGCUGAAAUGCCCCGAUUUCCAGAGCGUCAGUCUGCUCUGAUUAAGAAGGCUGAAGAUACUGAGUCUGAUACAGCAGAGCAAAGUGCUAUUAAGCUGCGGACUCAACAACAAACUUCCAAUGCUUUGGUAGUAACUGAUCAACCCCCCCCUAUCAAUGGAACUGCAACUGUAAACCAGCUUAGGCUUGUAAAGGUGCCUAACAUGAGCAACUCGGAUCACAGGUCAACAGAUCAACAACUGACUCAUACCGAUGGGAUGUUAACUGUAGUGGAUCCUGAACUUCCUAAUUCUUCAGCUGAUCUCCUUGGUGAUCUCCUAGGUCCAUUAGCUAUUGAAGGUCCUCCAGCUACUCCACGUGAUGGUGUUCCAAUUGAAGAUGCUUUAGCACUUGCUACGGUUGGUGAGCAGCCAAAUUCUGUCCAGCCAAUAGGAAAUAUUGCUGAAAGAUUUAAUGCUUUAUGCCUCAAGGACAGUGGUGUGCUAUAUGAGGAUCCUUAUGUUCAGAUUGGUAUCAAGGCAGAAUGGAGGGCACAUCAAGGACGCCUGGUGCUUUUUCUAGGAAACAAGAAUAUUGCCCCACUUGUUUCAGUUCAAGCUUUAACAUUGCCCCCAUCUCAUUUGAAGAUGGAGCUUUCUUUAGUUCCUGAAACCAUUCCCCCACGGGCACAAGUGCAAUGCCCACUUCAGGUUAUCAAUCUUCGACCAAGUAGAGAUGUUGCUGUACUCAAUUUCUCGUACAAGUUUUCCGCACAUGUGGUUGACGUCAAACUUCGCCUUCCUGCUGUCUUGAGUAAAUUUCUUCAGCCUAUAUUGUUGAAUACUGAUGAAUUUUUCUCUCAAUGGAGAUCACUUUCUGGGCCCCCUCUAAAACUUCAAGAAGUGAUUAGAGGUGUAAAACCAUUGUCACUUAUUGAUAUGGCCAACUUAUUCUACAGUUUCAAUGUGACAGUUUGUCCAGGACUUGAUCCAAAUCCUAAUAAUUUGGUAGCUAGCACAACUUUCUAUUCAGAGAUAACACAAGCAAUGCUAUCCCUAAUCAGAAUUGAAACAGACCCUGCAGAUAGAACUCAACUCCGAAUGACAGUUGCUUCAGGAGAACCUGCCCUUACAUUUGAAUUGAUGGAGUUCAUUAAGGAGCAACUGAUUACCAUUCCUUCCAAUCCUCGGCCACCACCACCCGUCGUGGAGCCACCAAAUAUUCCGGCAGUGUCAUUAUCAGACCCUGUGGCUAUGCUUGCUGGUUUGAUGUGAUAAGCUCUAAAGAUUCCAUGCAGGCAUGUUCUGUUCUCAACAAAUGUAGAACCUCAAGAUGAUCAACAGACGGACUGGAGGAUGAAAAUAUGAGCUUGUUUUGUCAUUAUUCUUAUUGCGCUGUGUGUUUAAACUUACUUAGUCUGGCGCAAUUGUAGGCUUUCCAUUUUGUUUUUUCCUUUCAAUUUUGUUUUCUGUUUGCUAUUAUUUUUGUAUAAUAAGAGCACAACAAAAUUUUGUAUUCUUUUUCAUUUUUGUUUGAAAAUUCACAACAAAAAUGAAUCUACAAAAGAACAGGCCUCUACUAGCCAUCUUGUUUCAGUUGAAAGUCAAUGACUAACUACUCAUUAAUUUUUUUUUU